AUGGCAGCCACCUCUCCACAAACCCUUCCCUCAGAGCCACAAACUCCCUUGGGUGCCCAAGCCUUUCUGCACUUUGACCCCGUUGGACUCCUUGAUUUGGGCCUUUUAAACCGCCAAAUCGACAUUGAUGAACCCGACCCCUCUUUUUCUCCCCUCCAAUCGUCAACGCCGCCCCACAAAAAUGUAGCUAGUACCGCUCUGGAGGCAAUGGUCGAUCACCUUCCUCCUGCAGAACCCUCCCUAUACGAUCUUGACUCUCUUGCUGAUGCCGAUAAUCUCUUGGAUUUUUUAACGACUCCCCGGCUGAUUCAAGCGACGUCCAUGAUGACGAGCCAGGCUUCACCACGAUCUCCUCGCGAGGUUGAACGCAGAGUAUCGGAAGACCUCAAACAUCUAGUUUAUGUGCCUCAACUCCAUGCGUGGAUUGUGGAGUUCAUGUCCCUGCAAGGACACAACGGAGACUUGUCGAGCAUCCGACUGUCCCCGGAUGAUGUGCGACAAAUGGGCGCCGGUCCCCUUUGCGCCAAUUCAGUUUGGAUUGUUCGUUCUGAAGCUGACGUCGAGUAUCGGGUUCGAGCAGGACAAGCUCAUCCUGUGGUCGAAGCCCUCAAAAAAAUUCAUCCGGAACUUCCUUCGACUUUUUGUUGUCAUAAAGGCGUCGCUGCCGGACUUGGCCCCACCUAUGCCUACACUGAUCUCCAAAUCGGCCUAUUUCUGAUAGAAAUCAAAACCAUACUAUCCAUCGCCGCCCUGUUCAUCUCCCAACUCCUGCAUCUAGACUUGGAAUCGCUACACGAACUUCGUGAAGCCAACCCACACGCGCAGGGUUUCCAUUUUGACUUCGAGUACCCGACGGUUGAUCACAAUAUUGACGCUCCCACGCAGCCUGUCGUGCAGAUUUGGACACAGCUCUCAAAUACCAAGGGUGCCUGUUUUGCGAUGGGUUCAAGCGAUGACCAUGCUUUCUUUGUCGUCAAAGACGCCUUACACCCCAACACACUCUUCAUCUCACCGUGCCUCCCUACCUUUCCUUCUUCCGAUCCAACCUCAACGAGCAGGCUUGGCGACACUUCAAUGUCCGCUGACAAAGCAGUAGAAUUUGCUAGCGUCAUCAUGUUCCAUCUUGCACGCCUUGCAAACAGCGAGCAGCUCCGCGACGACUUCUUCGCAUUUAUGCGAUCCAAGUUGAACGAAGGUGACAGUAUCAUAGAUGUUCGACCCGAGAGUGUCGGUAAAGUUGGCGAUCCUCGUCCUCCUCCUCGUUGGCAGCCGAACCAGCCGGCCAAACGCGGCAAAGGGAAGGGAAAGACUAAGAAAGCACCGAAACCUACCUGUGGGGUCAAAUAUUAUCUCUCUCGUGAUAAACCAACUGCGUCCGCGUCCCACGACAAGGGGAAGGGCAAAGCCAAAGAUGAAGCACCCAUCAACGAGCAGUCCGACACCAACUCGAACAACAUUCUAAUGGAGCAAGUCGAAGCUGAGAUCGCGGAACUCGCUGGGAAGGAACCAGUGAAAGAUGAAGGAUUUGUGAAAAAGCAACGUGAGAAUGAUGAUGUGGUGGAGCAAGUUGAAUCCGAGAGUCCGGGACUCUGGGUUCUAUCUCAGGAAGUUGACGAUAUGCGAAGUUUCGGACCAGGCCCGUCUGGGAGCCUGCAAACUAUUAAUCAUCAAGCUCAGCCCAAAACUGAUCUCGCAUUACUUGACAACGCGGAGAUGGAUGUAGAGUCGCCAGCCCCUGUUCCAGGUUCAUCGAGGCCGCCCGAACGGACUCGACGCCGCCGCGCUUCCCCAGAGAAUGGGUUGACAACAGCACCAACAAAUAUUGCUUGGCCUGAAAACUUGGAGGCGUCCGGAGAUGAAGAACCGCCGGCAAAGCUCAAGUCAAGAGUGCGAAGUUCUAGUCGACUGCAGCAGCAAUCACAACAAGCGGGCCCUUCAAAUUUGACCCAGCCAGCCGUUGCACCGGACACAGGCUCACAAAAAUUGCGGAGAUCGCAACGUCAGCAUACUCGGAAAGAACCUUCCACUGUCGAUGGAGGCAACAGUGGCAGGACGAGGAGCAAGACUGAGACGAGGCGAGCUGCCGGUAAACGUAAAGGGAAAUCAUGA